GGUCUCAGGGCCGCAAGGAUAAAAGCUUGUGUUGGCUCUACCCGGUAGUCAGAAGCCGUCGAGGCAGUUUUGUCCGAUUUAGACGUUAGCUUUGUUAUCGAAGAUUCAACCUGUAGCCGAUGAACAUUUGUAUUGUGGACGAACAUCAGUGCAUUUGUCUGUCAAUAGUGAGUGCUUUGUGAGAUAGAACUGCUUGAUUUAGAACAAUGGCUGCAGAGAAUAAGCCUUCCAAGCAACUCCUCUCUGAGAUCAACAAGGUUGAUCCUUGCAAGAUGAAGCAUGUGGAACCUGUUGUGGAGAACUCACUGCCUUCUGCAGAAGUGAUUGCAGAAGAGAAACAGCAUCAAGAGCAUAUUGGAAACAUUAAGAAUUUCAAACGCACAAGCUUGAAGCGCGCACAAUCAGAGGAGAAAGGUGUUCUACCUGACCAGCAGACUAUUGCUCAGGAGAAGACAGAGGCAGAACUGAGAGAACGUAUUUCAUCUUUUGAUUCAACCAAACUGAAGCAUAUUGAGCCGCAGGAGAAGACUGUUUUGCCUAACCAGGAUGAAAUAGUGCAAGAGAAGACUGAGGUGGAAUUAAGGGAACGUAUUGGAUCCUUCAGCAUGGAUUCAUUAAAACAUACAGAAAUGGUGGAAAAAUUGAUUCUGCCCAAUAAAGAGGAAAUUGAGCACGAAAAAACUGAAGUUGAACUGAGAGAGAGAAUUGGUUCCUUCAGUAAAGAAUCUCUGAAACACACAGAGACAGAGGAGAAAUUUGUCCUGCCUACAGAGGAGGACAUUGGCAAGGAAAAAACAGAAGUUGAACUGCGUAAGAGUAUUGGAGAGUUCAACAAAGCGAACCUAAAUCCAACACAGGUUACUGAAAAGAACCCACUUCCUUCUGGCGAUGUCAUUCAGCAGGAGAAAACUGAGCAAGAGCUAAAGAAAGGCAUUCAGGGCUUCAACCGCAACAGCCUUAAGCACACGGAGACUGACUUCAAGAACCCCUUGCCCACACCUGACGUUAUUGCUGCUGAAAAAGGAUCCAAGUAGUUUUGUCACAGAGGCCCUCAACUGUUUUGAGACUGAUACUUUUUGCAGACUGGUAAAUUACAAGUUCUUGUUGAUCCGAAAAUUCACCUUCUGCAUCACGGAGUCCUAUGGGGCUGUGCGCUUGUUCCCACUGUACAAUUGUAUAUGUACACUUAGUCGUUGACUCUCGCUAGUUGUUUUUUAUGAAACUGUUUUUGUUUAUUGUAUAUCAAAGAAUGGGACAUUUUCCUAGAUUGAUUUUGUUGACAUAGAUUUCAAAGAAAGAUGCCUGCCACUUUUUAAAGUAUGCCUUUGACAUAUUAUGGCAUUUUAGCGAGUAGUUUUGUGUGUAAAAUCCAAAGAAAGGUUCAGAAAGAAGAUUAUGAUUGCUUUAGUUUGAAAUGCAACUAGCUUUAAAAGAAAGGCAACAGUGCCAUGAAAUUUUCAUUAAAGCAAAAAGAAUUAAGGUGCAGCAUAGCAUUGUACUUUUUUCCUAUUUGGAGGAGUGCCCAUAAAUAUAACAGGUGAACAGACCCUGUAAACACAUGAAAACAGAGAUACAAAUGCAAAAGGAGGUUGUCUCCAGUCUAUGGAAUGGUAUGCAUCUGUCUUAUACUACAUGUGCAGACACAAUUUACUGAGAACAAAUUUUAGCAGAAGAGAUAAGAAAUAAACCAUUGUAAUUUGUGCUAUUUUUUGAAAUAUUGGAACAUUUGUUUUUGUGUCUUGAUUACAAGUUUUUGGAUUAAAUAUGGGAUGUACCAAUAUUUUUUUUACAGAUAAAUUGCAUAAAAUGUAUGAAAGAAAUGUUACCUUCGUUUAAAGCUGCUUGAGAUAAUCUUUUUCAAACUUUCAGCUUCUUUAGGUUCUCAGUUUUUUUUAUAUUUUCUCAACGGCUGGAAAUUACACCUUGGAUUUCAAAAGUUUGAUGCAUUCAGCUGUGCAAAGAAAUGUUUUUCUGUCAACUAAGAUUGUGCACCUUUUUCUUUAAAAAAAAUGGAAUUUGUGCAAGUUAACACCAAAGAUUUGCUAAAAUCCAGUUUUUUUAUACACUCUGGGUUGGCCUGCAUCAUGUAAAGUUAUACUACCAUAAUUUUAUUUUUGAUUUGUUGCAUGUGCCUUGUCAUUCUGCAUUUGAGGGAAGAUAGCAAUAGUCAUAAUGAAUAUCUGUAAUCUGAAAGUAAUGCCUUUGCUUAUUGUAUUCUUAAACUGCAUUUAUAAAUUAUCAGAUGCUUAAAUCUGUCCAUAACCAAUUUGCUUUGCAUCCUUUUUAUAGUUUCUCAAACUCUGAUUGCUGUGAAAGAGGCUGCUGCAGCAAUGAAUGUGUGGACAUAGAGUUAUCAGAUAAAUGCAUUUAACGUUCCCCUGGUGUUUCAGAUAUCACAUUAUUCCAAGAUAACCGGCAUACUCAAGGGAGCAUUAUUGAUGCCAUAUUUUCUUAAACUUAAUGUUAGUACAGGCAAUAUAUAUAUCUGUUCUUUGAAGUUGUUUUUUUUUUAGUGUUGCAUAAAAUAAUAAACUUUUCUGCAUCCUUUGUAUUUAUCAUUUUGCAUUCAUCAGUCGGGUGUCAUUUGUGCAUUUGUCUACUUUCGUAAGUUCUUUUAUCUAUUUCAACUUUUUAGCAGUCUUGAUGGCACAAGUUAUUGAAAAUCCAUUGCAGUUAUCUCUGAAGAUUGUGAUGAUAAAUAUAUGUUGUUCAGAAAGAACUUGUAUUAAAUUGUUACAGGCACCAACAUUCAUUUUAAUGCUGAGGAAGGCAGAGAGAAAAAGCAAUCUGUUUAGGACUCUCAGAAAUAGACUAGCAACAACACAAUUUAGUCAUAUCUACAAACAAGCAGCCCUAUGCUCCUCGAGGAGUAGCAAAGAACAAACAAAAACAGAAACAGCAGGGAAGCGUGAAUAUAAACAUCUUUCAAACAUGGAAAUUUUUUUUAUAUAACCGCUACAAGUUUGCAUAUUUUUUUUCUUUUAAAUGUGCGCGUUUUUUCAGCUGUUAUAUUAAAUUAUCAACUUAUUUAAAUUGCAUUCUAGUGAUAGCAAAAGUGUUUGGGCAUUGUUUUUAUCAUUCAGUCCAUAGGCUAGUCAACUUAAAAAUAAGGUGAUUCUUCCGUUGGUAAGCAAUCACCUGUAGUCUUCUUUAAAGUGCUUGUGGUUUAGGCUUGGUCCUUAAGUUACUGCCCUUUAUAUUUUGUUCCAUUAAAGCCACUUGUAAAUGCGUAAAGCAGUCUUGUUUCUGGUUCAAAAAAAAAAGUUCCUCUGUUAUAUCUGGCUUACAGUUAAAAUCCCUGAAAGAAAACUGGUGAGACAGGUUUAAAUAUUUUUCAAAUUCCCAAAUUUUUUUAUUGUUUGCUUGAAUUGUGUUUUUGUCUGCAUAAAUGUUUAAAAUACUUUAUACUUCUCUUUUUACUUACAGUUUGUUAAACCCUAAAAUGGUCAUUUAAAUGUUAGUAAAUGGGCAUGUAUGCAUGGACAUACACAAAAUGGAAGAUGAGGCCAUGCAUGUAGUUUGAGAUGAAUAUUUCAGCCAAGGAACAUAAAAAGAGUGAAUUAACUAAAUGUGACUAAAAUUGGAGACAAGAUCAGAACAGAAAAGUACCGAUUACUAUAGAUUUUUCCUGUCUUAUGGAGAAUAAUUAAAGAUCUUGAGAUGUAUCAGAUAGCUUGACAGGAAAAUGAUCUGGCCUUGUAUGCAAAAUGCCUCGAUUGGACUAUUAUCAUAAUACGUUACAGGUCUGCAAUGGGGUCUCUGCAGCAGAGGGUGGUCCAUGGUGCAACGGUUAGCACCUGUCCCCAGUACAGUGAGGGUUGGCUGUCUUGGGUUCAGCUCAUCUGGAGCACUCUGUUUCUCUCCAUGUGGCAUCUGUUUACAGCAAUGGGUGUGAUAUAGCCUUAGUUGCUGGUUUGGUGUAAAACACCAAUUCCCCCCUCCCUGCAGCAGAAUUUUCACACGCUAUCGUGACGAUGGUCCAGUCAAUGCUUCUUGCAUACGAGGCCGACGGGGUGGGGAAGACCAAAACCAUAUGGAUGUGUUACAGAAUGAAUGUAUACAGCUAUUUAAUGUUUCAUCAACAGGACUAAACUUAUCAGCAUAGUCUACCUACUGAUACAUGUACGUUACCUUCUUUUAUACCUAUCUUUUAAAAAGCUGAAAUGUCCGUUCACACUUUCUUAAUAAAUACAAUACAAUACAA